AUGAUCGCCUCGAGACAUACCACGGAUGAAAGCCUCUGCUCAAGAUGUAAAUCACUAGACCUCGACGAUAUUCUGUCCGGUCGUUGGACCAAUGUUCAAUGCCGGGAGCCAGUAGCCUUCUUUGGCAAGCGAAGUACUAUUCUGCAUGAUGAAGACUGUCCCCUCUGCCAGGCGCUGCUUUCUAUCGCCGUGGGCGAUCAUGACACUGGCCCCCUACGAAGAGACGAGAAUUUUGGCAUGUUCGCUAUUCCAAGCCAGCUCGCCUACAGAGGAGCAAAACAAACGAUCCCGUUUGAUGUGAACUUAGGUGAUCGGGUUUUGGAACGAGCCAAAGAUCAAAAAGAUUCAAUGUGGCUAGUUGUUCGGAUUCAGCGCGGACCUAUGGAUGGCCCCUUCUGGUACAAUAACCUACCGCGGUCUGCUCAUUACUUUGGAUGUUUGGCCAAUCUUUCUGACACUUUGAAUGGAGUCGCAAUAAAGCGAUGGCUCACCCAUUGCAUGGAACAGCACGGGACAUUAUGCAACCCGGAUUCAGAAAGCCGGUCCCUGCCAGUGAGCAUUGCUAUUAUCAAUUGUACAACUCGGGACCUGGAGCCUUUGCCAGCCGGAGCAAAGUUCGCAGCUUUGUCGUAUGUAUGGGGAGAGAGAACAUCUACAACCGAGUCAUAUCCUUCCAUGACCAGCCUUCCGCAGACUAUCGAGGAUGCAAUUACUGUCACGGCCGAGAAGCGAGAGCAAAUCCAGAUGAUGCACAAGAUCUACCGUCAAGCAGACUUGACCAUCAUCACCGCUGCUGGGGACAGCUCAUGCUAUGGCCUGCCAGGGAUAAGCACUCCUAGAGCCAGAGCGCCAUCGGUAGAUCUUUGUGUUAGGAAUCAUCACCUAGUCUCCACUGGCCGAAGUGCAAAAGAAGCAAUUCGAGGCACGGCAUGGGCGUCCCGAGCAUGGACUUACCAAGAGGGCCUCGUGUCUCGAAGGAAGCUUAUUUUUACCGAUGAGCAGGUAUACCUUCACUGUAUGGAGCGUGAGUUCCGGGAAACCAUCGAACAAGAUUUGGACCUUUUAGCUCAGGCAGAUGUCUCUGAUCUAUCCGAUCCCUUUCGCUGCAGCAUAUUACAUCUUAUCCCGGGGAAUGCCGGCACGGAAGGUGUAUACUCACUCACGGGAGACUUUUCCGAACGAAGAAUAACGUAUCCCAGCGAUAGACUGAAUGCGUUCCUUGGUAUUCUCAACUUAUUCCAAGAUGCAUUUCCAGAGUCUUUUCGUCAUAUAUGGGGUCAGCCGAUUCCAUACAGUACCGACAUGUCAGUCGGGGACGUCGUGGUUUCUGCUCUUAACUGGCAUAUAGUAGGCCUGGCGCAGAGGCGACCGGAUUUCCCGAGCUGGUCGUGGGUUGGCUGGAAGGGAAAGGCAUACCCAUCAGCCAACAGCGUCUAUAAAGAGGAUAUAACAGCCUCUCUUCUGCUGAAAGAUGGCACUGUUAUAGACGACGCUGAAAUGUUGAGGAAUUUGGAUACCUUCCAGAGUCUAUCUGCAUCGUUGAGUAAGUAUAUCCUGAUCCAGGCUCAGACUGUUCACGUGAAAAUACGCCGAAAGGAAGGAGACCACUGGAAUCUUCGGAACAUGUGGAAAUUGACUCUUGUAAAGGGUGGCACUGAGCGACAUGGAAUCACUUAUCAUGAUGGCUUUUCCAUAACACCGGAGUACGAAGCGGGUGAUAGCAUAUACGAAGAUUUGGAGGCGGGGCAUACUUGGCUCGGAAUAGUAUUUCUGAACUCUGACAUGGUCUUGGUAUUGAAGGACAUGGGAGACUAUUAUGAAAGGUUCGGAUGUAUCGAUGUUGACUUUUCCGUUCCCGAUCUGGAACUGGGGGAUUAUCUUCUGGGGCACAGACUUAUCCGCUUAGGGUGA